AUGGUUCAUGGAUACUUCAAAGGCAAUCGAGGUCUCUGGCAUGGGGAUCCUCUCUCUUCGUACCUUUUUGUUAUUGCAAUGAAUAUCCUGUCUAUCAUGUUGAACAAUGCGGCUGAUGACCUACGGAUUAAGUAUCACCAUAAAUGCUCAUCCUCGAGGCUCACACACUUAUGCUUUGCAGACGACCUCCUGAUCUUCAUAGAUGGCUCCAUUGACUCUGUUCAGAAUGUUCUUCAGGUUCUAAAAGAGUUUGAGCUUCGCUCUGGUCUAGCGGUGACUGUGCAGAAAAGCUGUUUCUUUGCGUCCGGCCUGAUACAGCAAGAAGUUGACUCUAUCAAAGCUUCGACGGGCAUGCCAAAUGGUCUCCUUCCUGUUCGAUACCUUGGUGUUCCCUUAUGUACAAAGAAGCUCACUCUCUCCAACUGUGAGGUCCUGAUACAACAAGUCAAGGCAAAAUUCAACUCGUGGACAGUUAAGACAUUAUCAUUUGCGGGAAGGUUAUUGCUAAUCAAAACUGUCAUUGCGGGGAUAACAAACUUUUGGUGCUCUAACUUUUUACUCCAUAAGGCGUGCAUUGCAAAGAUAAACUCUCUCUGUGGGAUAUUUUUGUGGAAAGGCUCUAUAGAGGGAAAUCACACUGCUAGAGUAUCUUGGGAGACGGUAACGAAAUCGCGAGAAGGCGGGGGACUAGGAAUCAAAGACUUGGGAACAUGGAACAAAGCUUGCUGUCUUAAGCUAAUUUGGAUGUUGUUCUUCCAAGGAGGAUCAGUAUGGGUAGCUUGGUUCAAGACAGAGAUCCUAAAUGGCAACUUAUCUAACUACUGGACGGUAAACACGAGCCCUUCAAAUACUUGGUUGGCCAACAAAUUAAUUAAGCUGAGAGGAGAAGUAUAUACCUGGAUAAGGUUGAGAGUUGGGAAUGGAGUGAAUUGUCGCUUCUGGAUUGAUAACUGGUCAUCGCUUGGAUCACUUAAAGACUACUUUGCAGCGAAUGCGUCCUCAAGGCAGGGUAUCCCCCUGAUUGCAACUCUGUCUGAUUUAAAUAGAGCUGGAGAUUGGAAUAUCCCCCAGCCUCGAUCAGAAGCAAUGUUGCAGGCGCAGAUAGCAUUGACUACGAUAUCACUGGUGGAAGAAGAAGACAAUUAUGAGUGGGUAGUCACUGGUGUACCUACAGGGAGGUACAAAACCUCACUGAUAUAUUGUAAACUGAAGGGUGAAAAACAGAUGGUACCUUGGGCGAAGAUUGUUUGGACAAAAGGUGGGAUUCCAAAGCAUAACUUCCUCACAUGGCUUUUCGUUUUGGAUAGAUGUCCUACUAGGGACCGCCUUCGUAGUUGGGGACUGCCGGUGGACUCAAAAUGUUUGCUUUGCAACUUGGAGGAUGAAACUCGAGAUCACUUAUACUUCAGGUGUUCCUUCUCAUGGCGGGUCUUGUCUGAGAUGGCUCGUCGGUGUUCUAUUGUGCCAUCACAAUUGUGGUCGGAUACGAUCAACCAGCUGAUCUCUCUACAAGGCAACAAACUUCUCAAGCGUUUGGUUCAUCUUUCCUGGCAAGGAGUGAUCUACUCUUUGUGGCGAGAACGGAAUCAAAGACUUCACAACCGACACUUCCAAACUUCAGACACCAUCAUCGCCACUAUCAAUCGGCAAAUCAAAGAUAAGAUCCUUAGUUUCAGAACCUCAUCUCCGUCGCUCUCCUCCUCUCUCAUGCAGAUGUGGGUGAUGACGGAGGCAUCCUCUUGA